AGUUGGUACCCGGUAUAUUCGACGCAAGGUCAUAGUCUGCUGUUUUGGUGUAUAACUAGUUCUUUUUUAUUUUGAGUGUACCCAGAUAAUUCAUGAUGAUUUUAUUUCACUGUGAUUCUUUCUGUGAAUAGUUUGAUAAUGCGUCGAAUAAUAUUCAAUGGUAUGCUGAAUGAGAAACUUAAAUUUUGAUCGAUAUAGUAUAGCUCAAUGUUUGCUUAUGUCCUAUUUCGUUUUUUAUUCAUGAGAUAAAAAUCUAUAAGUUACAAACUUCUCAUUAUAGCUUUUGGCUUCUAUGGUUUUUGCAAGUUAUUGUGAAACGACUUCAGAUUUAGGAAUUUCGAUGGAUAUUGAUACAUAAGUAUCCUAAUUAGGAUCGAAAUUUCGAUACUCAACAGUCAGAUAUCUUGGUGAUCAUUUCAUUAAUAAUAUGUUAUCAUCGGCUAACAGUUCGUUGUGCUUCUGUCAAAUCUUGAUAUGCCGUAGCAGUAAUGGAAAUCCUUCAUUCUUUUGACUGUAAUAUAUGUUGAUAAGCACUAAUAUCCACCACCGCCCUAAGUAAAUUUAUUGCUCUGAAUCCAGUAAAAUUUCGAAAAUAACAUCAAAUAUAUUGCUGAAGGCAAAAUUGACAUAUUCACUGUAUUUCCUGGCCUCAUUUUAUAAACAUCUGCCAAAUGUUUUGCAUUCAGCUUCACACCAAAUACUUGUUUUAUAUUUCCUAUAGUUACGGCUUUAGUGAUUCCGGUUACAUGGCGUAAGCUAAGUAACAGUUAUUUCCUUUUUCCCUUUAGACCUGUCGAUAGAUUUUCAUGUUAUUUUUCUCCAACGAUUUCAUUACACAUCGUCUGGUGGUUUACUGAGAAUUUGUUUUAUUCAUUCAAUGUAAUUUAGUGUUCUAUUCGCAUACCAAUGAAUCUAGGUUCCUAAAAACGGACAACUGAAGUGUUUUUUCGUGACCAUCAAAGUAGUCUUUUAUUAUGGUUUAACAUCUACUCAGUUUCAGUUGGAUUUCACUUUUUCAGAUCGAUUUUCUUGAACACUGGAUUGAUGCCAUAAUGGCGUGAUUUAUUUCAGUGUCAUGUGAAAUCGACAUGACCGUAUUUUUCGAGGUUGUUGGUAACUUACCUGAAUAAAUGAUAUCAAAAUGAUUAGUAAAUCAAAUAUUUCCACGUAAGCGAACUUUCUUGUUUAUUUGCUUAGUCCUAGCUCGUGCGGUCCAUCACUCGAACAACAGCGAAGGAGAUUCGAAAGUACACAGUUAAGGUUACAAAUGCUAUCGCGAAAGACAGAGGAAAUUCAUAUUGAUGAAUAUAUCAAAAAGCUUGCACUGGACAAUUCUGUCGUCACAAGCAAAGAUGAUAAUAAUUCAUCUGUUUCCAAGGUCAAAACAACUUUACCUGUAGCUCCUCACUCUUGCAUUCCUACUCACAAUACGUAAUUCUUUCUUCAGUUAUAGUUACUAAUCCAUUAUUCACUAUGGUAUUAAAGCACUGACAUCGAUUACUCACACACUAUUUAAGAUUGCUUUAUCGGAUUGGCAACGUCAGGUAAAGAAAAAACAAUGAAAUGUAAAUAUGUUUCCAAUGGUUGUAAUGAGAGGUUAUGAGGCAAAAUAUAUAAGCCAUUAGUGAAAGGUAUGCAAUAAUAAUAUAGUCUAGACCCAAUCAACUAAAAAAGAUGCAUAUAUUCGUGUUAUUGAGAUAGAUUUUAAGGCAUGUAACCUAUUUUUCAACUAUUAUUUUUUAGAUUUCAUUUUGCGAACCCAUCCCUUAUCAAACCAUACCCUUGUAUAACGAUUAUUUCGAUUUAUUUGUUAUUUAUUUUGUUAACUUCAUCUUUACCGUAUGAGGCUUGGCGAAUUAAGCUGAUGCACGUUUGUGCAUUGUUAUUUUGACUUACUAUGUAAUCCCCCUAAUGCCAAACCUUAACAUCUUGAUUUGCAUUUCAAAUAUUAUUGAAUGGCUGACAUUAUCCCUGUGUAAUCAAUUUUCAACUGGUUUUUAUUUUCAGUGAUGAUAUAGUUAUUUGUGUACAGUUCUUGCUAUAUUUUCCAUGCAAUCUUACCGGUAGUGCGUUUAAUGGCCAAAACUCCAGGCUUCUGAUUAGUUGGUUACAUGAAUAAAAUCCACUUCAUCUAAUUCUGUUUAGAUACCCGCGUUUUAUUAGUAGCCUUCAUAAAAGCAGUGUGGCUCAUGGCCGAUUACAUGAACGUGUAUUUGGUAAAUGAACUAGUCACAUGCGUUUGUUCAAGUUUCAACACAGCACACCGAGAACCCAGAGUGUUAUAGGUAGUAACAGUAUUGGGGGUAAUAGAAAAGGCAUAAAAGGUAUGGUUUAAAAAAUGUAGAUCCAUGGAUUAAAAAGUUAUAAGGUAAUAUGGAAACUUGGUAUGUUAGGGAACACAAAAAGUGAAUCCAUCUGCUGCAUUGUGAAUUAUUCUGAGCCAAGUCAACCAAAGUCUCUAACUACUGGUUACAAAAAUCACAUGGACCCUAAAUAAGUAGUUAGCACUUACGUAAACGAGUCGGUGCAAUAGUUUAUAACUUCAUGAACUGAUGCUACGUUUUGGUUUGGUUUCUCAUAUCUUCCUUACAAACUAUUCCUGCACCAGCCACCAUUGUGUUGAGGUAGGCGGUGGUUGGGCUUAAUUAAUACAUGUCCUGGCCACCUCGACCGAUUUACUCAGCAUACUUUCCUUGGUAACCUGCGUCUUACCAUAACGUUAUUCGCCCAGAGGUCCUGACAUACACAAGCAGUACUUCGAAAAUACGUAUGAAUAAAUACUAACAUCCUGUGAAUAACCUCUUUUUAAAGCCACAUUUCACGGCCAUGAAUUAACAGCGAGCUGCUGCACACUAUACUCGUCCUUUGGCCAGCAAACGGUCAUCUCCCCUACACCACAAGUAACUCAGUCUUAUUCAUCGUAUUAUCAAUCAUCAUCACGAACCGCUACACACGUAUUAGGUUGAUCCUAAUCCAUUUUAUCUUUCGUGCGCGCUUUUUUUUUUAUAAAAAACUAGCCUAAUCGUGGUAAGUUCUCAGAUCAAAUCUCUGGUGUAUUUUCAACUGAACAAAUGUGUGAGAACCCAUCGCAUUUACUUGAUUUUCCGGAGGUUGGAUAUCUGAAUACUGCAAACUCGUUUUCUCCAGCCACUUCUUUAGCUAAACCCUCAUGGUUAGUGAAUCUCUCUUCUCUACCACCAAUUUAUGGCGAUGCCAUUCGUGCCGCUACAACAAGUUAUGGUCUCGACAGUUCAAUAAUUUACGAGAUAUUUCGCUCGUCCAAUUUGAGCACAGAAGCAUUGUAUCAUAUUUGGUCACUUACAAGCUGCACCCAACCUGGUUGGUUUACACCGACUGAGUUAGUGACUGCCUUAGCUUUAAUCGGCCUGGCACAACGUAAGCAAUGGGAAUUCCAAUCAUGUUCUCUUUCCGAAAAUAUUACUAUCCAAUCACUUUACGAACAAAUAUGUCCACCUGUCCCUAUGAUACAAAUUCCUAACUCCAGUAGGCCGUCUAAUUCUACAGAUGUGAUUUCUGGGCCGGAGGUAGUUACUUAUGGAAAUCCCAUAACUAGUUUUCGAGAUCCAGUAAUCUCGGGAUGUUCAAAGUUUCCCUUCCAACCUCCCGUCGUCGCCUUUUCUGCAUUUUCCAAUCGAUUGGAUAACGACUCUUGUCACCAGUCUAUUCAGUUAUCUACAGAUUCUAGCACAUUAAAUAAUUCUGUUUACAAGACACCAGAUCCCUUCAUGCAUUUCGUUUCAUCAGGAACCCUAUCUAUAAAUGACCCUGAGUGGUCUGAUUUUGCUUCUUUUAAUACUUCCGUUAAGCAAUCAAAGCAUAAUAGUAAUAAUAUCCCGAAAGUCUCUACAGAAGUUGGUAUUAAUGGCCAGAAAAAGUCAGUCACGAGCUCUCACAACUCCCUAUUUGAUGAAGAGUUUGGAAAUUUUCAAACUAGUUAUUCCGUUAAUGUAUCAAAACCGACUGAAAUUCUUGAUAAGCUUCCUCAUUCGAAUUCACUAACUACAGCGAAUAAUAAUAAUCUUUUAAAAUUACCAAUACAGAAAAGUGCUUAUAAUGAUGUACAGAAUAAAAUGAAUUCUUCAGAAUCAUUAUAUGAACAAUGGCUUCAUUGUUUGACUGAUUGCUUGAAAGUAUUCAAUGAUUCAUUGUUAGUUUUAUCUUCUCUUAAAAGUAUGGAAGAUCAAUUUGAAUUUGCAGAAAGUGAAGAAGGAUGUAAUUUCUUAUUGGAUGCCACUGAAAUUUAUUUGAUGACGAGACGAAUUAGCAUUUCAGCCAAGAAUUACAAUGUAACUGAUUCAUCUAUGCAUCAACUGUUUUCGGAUAUUGAAAAUUCAUUUCGUAAAUUAUCAUCGUAUGCUGUUGUAACUGAUCUAAAGAAUAAAAUUGGUCAGGCUUUUAAUUUUGUUUCAACAUCAGAAAAUGAAUUCGUUAUUCAAGACUUCAUUAAUUCAACCACGUCCUCAUAUUGCGGAGUUUGUCUUUCAUCGAUCAGCUUGACUAAUGACCUGUGUGUUAAUAAUCAUUGCAAUGAAUCAUCCAGUUUUUCUCAACACCAACAAACUAACUAUCAUUUAGUUUAUAUUAAUCUAGCUGGUCGUUGCUAUCAUAUAUCAUGUGCUAAUUUCUGGAUGAAUCGUAUCAAUCCAUGUUUACCCGCUCUUAAAAUCCCAUUGUAAUCGUUGUGAUGUAACAUCGAAUUCGUUUUGUUUCCUCUUAUAAUCAAAUAUUUUGUGAUUAUAUAUAUUUUGUAUAUUUAUGAAGCAUUUCAUGUUUUUCAUCUCAUUUUUGUCCACUGAUUUUGGUUUGUAUCAUUAUAAGCUCCAUAUUUUCUUCCGUCUGUAUUCAUGUAUGAUCCAAAUUUGUUGCUGUUAUGAUUUUUUUACUUAUUAAUCUAUAUGUGUAUUAAAUCUAUUUACUGUGAUGCAAUAAAAUGCUAUUUUAUUUUUAACCG